UUUUAUUCAAUUUGACUAACUUCGAGAAUGAAAAAUACUGAAAUCAUAACCGUUAGAUUAGCUUACUUUCCUACAUCGAACGACUAGUGUUGACUUAUGGGUAAUCACUGAGAUAUUACUCUGCCAAAUACUUUAACGUUAUUAUAAAGAAGUGCUCGUAGUGAGUGCUCUCUUUCUGUGUCUCCAUUUCUGUACCUUCCAACCAAAAAUCAGUGCUCAGCUCAGCAACAUUGCUACUCUCUGUUCAAUAUGGCUGAGAACAACAAUGGGGAGUCAAGUGUGAAAAAUUCUGUAGCCCGUCCUGCUUUAAAUGAAAGGAUUCUUUCUUCCAUGUCACGAAGAUCCGUGGCUGCUCAUCCCUGGCAUGACUUGGAGAUUGGACCUGGUGCCCCUGAAUUUUUCAAUGUUGUGAUUGAAAUUGGAAAAGGGAGCAAGGUUAAGUACGAGUUGGACAAGACAAGUGGCCUCAUAAAAGUUGAUCGAAUUCUUUACUCAUCAGUUGUAUAUCCACACAACUAUGGUUUCGUCCCACGAACCCUUUGUGAGGAUAGUGAUCCUAUUGAUGUUCUGGUACUGAUGCAGGAGCCUGUGCUGCCUGGUACAUUCCUUCGUGCUCGGGCUAUUGGAUUAAUGCCUAUGCUUGAUCAGGGGGAAAGAGAUGACAAAAUCAUUGCUGUAUGUGCCGAUGACCCUGAGUUCCGCCAUUACUCUGACAUCAAGGAGCUCCCACCCCAUCGACUUGCAGAAAUCCGACGAUUCUUUGAGGACUACAAAAAGAAUGAGAACAAGAAGGUGGAAGUUGAUGACUUUUUACCAUCUGAAUCUGCCAUUGAAGCCAUAAAGUACUCCAUGGACCUGUAUGCGUCUUACAUCAUCGAAGCCUUGAGGAGUUAGUGACUCCAUGGGAGAGCAGAUGGGAGCUGACAACAUACCAAAUAAUUUUAGCAUGGCUAAUAGAUUUGGUUGUUUCUUGGUACAAUUAAUUAGAAGUUAUGUUAUUAAGACUGUGAUCUUCUGAUACUUUUCUAAAAUUUGUAAGUGUUGAAAAGCUGCUUUUGAAGUAAUCUAUAUUUCUGUUUUA